UCGUGGGCUGCGGUGUCUGCGCAGCGUCGGCGGUAGCGCGGGCCGCGGCCAGGCGAGCGGGAGACAGCGCGGGCCUAGCGGUCGGCCGCGUCUGUGCGUCGUCUGGGCACUGCCCGUCGCCGAGCCACACGCCGUGCCGGCUCGGGCCGGCGCGCGCCGGUGCCGGAGGCGCAGGCCACCUUCUUGAAAUCAUGAAUCCUGUUUAUAGCCCUGGGUCUUCCGGGGUUCCCUAUGCAAAUGCCAAAGGAAUUGGAUAUCCAGCUGGUUUUCCUGUGGGCUACGCAGCAGCUCCUGCCUAUUCUCCUAACAUGUACCCUGGAGCAAAUCCUACCUUCCAAACAGGCUACACUCCUGGUACACCUUAUAAAGUGUCCUGUUCCCCAACCAGCGGAGCUGUGCCACCAUACUCCUCCUCCCCCAACCCCUACCAGACGGCCGUGUACCCAGUGAGAAGUGCCUAUCCCCAGCAGAGCCCGUAUGCCCAGUUGUCUCUGUUUUCCCCACAGCAAGGCACGUACUAUACACAGCCUCUGUAUGCAGCACCCCCUCAUGUCAUUCACCACACCACGGUGGUGCAGCCCAAUGGCAUGCCAGCAACUGUCUACCCUGCUCCCAUCCCUCCUCCUAGAGGCAGCGGGGUCACCAUGGGCAUGGUUGCUGGGACCACAAUGGCCAUGUCAGGUACCCUGUUGACUGCUCAUUCUCCAACUCCUGUCGCCCCUCACCCAGUCACUGUCCCCACAUACCGAGCCCCAGGAACACCCACCUACAGCUAUGUGCCCCCUCAGUGGUGAUUACCCUGCAAAUUAAUAUUUGAGGAUGGAGCUGUGCAGUCACUUCAUUGGGUUCCACAGCUGGUGCUGCAGGCCUUGUGCCUCCAACCAGGACUUUCUUCUUAAUGCUCUCUACACUUAGCUAAACACGACUGCAUCCCAGCCCAGCAGGUCCCAGCUCGCUAGUCUCCAACUAACUCUGGGUUGGUUUUAAAGCAAAUCCUGUUUUGUGGACUGCCUGGCAAUUUUUUUAGCUAACUGUAAUGAUAAAAAGGGAGUAUUGCUCUAUUCUGAAUCAUAUCUAGUUGAAUGCAUGUUUAUAAAAACAAACACAAAAAGCUUGCUCAAUCUACCUGCAGUGGCUAAUGCAAAACCAUCACAUGCAGAAUCCAAAGGACUGGACUGUGUUCUACAGCCUGUGCCACUCAUGCACUGUUGUCAUGUAUGCUGAGUCUCCAAGUUACACAUGUGCAAGUGAAUGUCCUCAAGAAGCAGCUAGAGUACUGAAGGGGAUUCUUGGGGUGAUGAGGGUUGCCAGGUAGGGACACAGACUUGUAGUUUUCAGCAACCUGUGUUUUUGGCGCUGAUGAACCUGGAGGGAGCUGCAGGGACUGGGAGAGAGUGAGUCUGUGGUGGCUCCAGAGCAGCAGCAGGUAUAGUAGGGUCCUUUCCUUCAUUUCAGCUGAAGUGUGGUCUGAGAAGCAGGGAUGUACUGAAGCCCACCAGGAAAUACGAGAGCUGGGAGCCAGUAGUGCUGGGAUAAAGAGUGGUCUGUGUGUCAGGAGAGCAGUGUCUCUGCCAUCUGAAUUUCCAUUGUGCAUCUUACAGGAUAUGUUCUGUGUAUCUGUUGGGACUGUUGGGAAAGUCCAGUGUAGAACUAAACUGUCUUCCCAGGAAGGAGGAUGUCAAAGAGGAAUGGCCACACUGAGGUGGUAUUGUCUUUUGUUUUAUUUCGCUUAGGGAAUCAUCCCUUUCUUUCCCCCUGAGAAAUAAUUGAGUCCCCUAAAAACACACAGGCACAGCUGUAUUCACCCGCAAAGAAGGGCAGAGAUGUCAGUGUGUGCUGUGGGGAGUGGUGUAUAUUUAAGACUGGUUAAAAAGGGAAUAAGUGUAUUUUAAGUUAGUUCCCAUGUUUCUUGUAGAGAAGCAGGGCUGAGAUUAUGUCUAAAAAUGUAGAAGUAACGUAGCUUGUCCCAGGGUCAUUUACCUGAUGACAACCUGUCCUUUUGUGUCUAGCUGGAGUGAGGCCUAGAAAGUCUGUAUAAAUGUCCUGUGAGCCUAUUUUGCCACCUUUUUCUGACAGCACUCAGAAUCAAGCAGAUGUGGAGAGUGGAAAGGGCCAGACAGUUUUGGGCUAUACUUGCCUGUCCAGAUGUGUUGUGGGAAAGAUUUUGAGUGUGUAAUCUGAGUAUGUACAUAAGAUAUCAAGAAGGUUCUUUUUGCCUGCAUAUGCCCAGCUUGAAUCUGUGAGAGUGUUUCUGUUCAGUGUGGGUCAGAAGGGCAGGACCUUUCUGGGGGCCAUCAAAUGGGGAUGUGUUUUGUUUUGUUCCCCCGUUGAAGUGUUGGGUUUUGGUUGGAAGGGGUGCUUGUCUCUGGCAGCAAGGUCAGGGCUUCCAAGUUGGUGUGGAGUUUGCCUCAUUAGCAAUCAGCUUGACUGGAGGGUGGUCAUCUGAACAUUGAGCCUUUGGAAACCUUAUUUUUAUAGUCGUGCUCUUCAUAAUUUGUUUCUAGCAUUUUAUUUUAUAAGAAGUUGUGGAAAAUUUCUGCAUGGAUCAGUGUAAACACAAGAGUUCUCAUUCCUAAUAUCCAUGAACAUAGAAUGUUUAUGGAUGAGUAUGUUUAAUUGCCUCAUGAGCACUUAACCGUGUGGGGUGUGUGUGUGU